UAACAAGACCAAGCGGCAAGCGCACGUGCACUUUAAUUAAUGAGUAAAAACCUAUGGUAAAAACCAGCAAAUUAUAGUAAAUCAAAUGUUUUUUGUAAGAAAAUAGCCAAGAAGCAAGAACAUAUACAUAAACGUACAGAGUGUAGAAUUAUUGUAAGAGAUAAUGGUUAUAGUGGCAGAAAUGAGUAAACCAUCAGUUAAAGUAUCAGUUUCAAACUCCGAAUCAUCUAGUGAAGAAGGCGAUGAAUCUGAAUAUGAAUCAGAAGUUUCAGACAAAGGCUAUGACAAAACAAAACGUGAAAGUGAAAUGAGUGAUAAUGGUGAUGAAAGUGGAAGUAAUAAGGAAAGUGAUGAUGAUGAUGACGUCAUAGUAAAAAAUGAGGGCUGGGCGGAUUCUGUAGCCAAAAUCCUUGGUUCCAAUAAACCUAAAAAUAAGAAAACAUUGGUUUUAUCUCGAGCAAAGAAACUUGCAGACACAAUAAAGAAGGAAAAAGAAGAGAAACCCAGUUUUGAAAUAGUUGGUGAUGAGGCUAAAGAAGUGAAAUCAGAAGUUAAGAAAGAGACUUUAACUGUGUUAGAACCUCCAGUAAAGAAAAAGAAAGUUGAACGAUCAUUGAUUAGAAUAAAACCCAAUAUCUUAGAAAAGGAUAGAGAAAAGUUACUAACGAAAAUAGCAACUAAGGGUGUAGUUCAAUUGUUCAAUGCUGUAAGAAAUCAACAGAGGACCAUUGAAAAAGAAAUAAAAGAUAUACCUGAGGGAAAGAAGGAAAAGGUUUUAAAGAAGUUUGAUAAAAGAGCAUUUUUGGAUACUCUAAUGGGACAAUCAAAGUCCGUAAAUGUUGAGGAACAAACUAAACCAUUAAAAGAUGAAGUUAAAGCAGAGUCUGAGAAACCUAGAUGGAAUGCAUUAAGAGAUGACUUCAUGAUGGGGGCUAAAAUGAAGGAUUGGGACAAAGAAUCAGCAGAUGAGAGUAAUUAAUAAAUUAUUUAUUAGGAA